AAUACUCUCAAAGAUGAGCUCUGGGAAGGACAAGGACAGGCCAGCUCAGGGAGAUCCAUCGUCACAGCAGCCACAAGCUAACCAACAGCAUAAAGCCCAACCCCAUCAACUCUUACCGAAAUCUAGUCAACAGAAUGUACAACAACAACAACAACAACAACAACAACAACAACAAUCUCCAAAUCCUUUAGCUUAUACCUCUCAAUUCGAUAGCCGCUCAAACGCAUCUUCCCAAAAUAAUACACUAAAGGCUAAUCCAAAGCGGAAGAAGAAACCACAAAUACAAAAAAACCCAUCUUUCACAUUCCAAGUCCCAUCCCCAAAAUAUGUUUAUAGUGUUGACGAUGAUUUAGAUGAAAUUGAACAAGAUAUAGAGAGAGAAUAUUUGGAAGGCUAUAAUGAUGCUCUUAGACAUCGCUAUAGGAAAUCAGCUAAAAAUCUUAAAGAAACUUCAAGAAACCAAGAACAGCAGCCACAAUUUACUGGGAAUGAACAACAACAGUCUGAAAGAACAGACGAUUUACAUGAAGAAGAUAACAAUGGUGAAGAUGAUGAAGCAGAAAAUGAAGAAGGCGAUGAAGAUGAAGAUGAUGUACGUUCAACAACAUCCUCGGAAGAAGAUUUUACAUUAAGAAACCGUCAAGAUGCAAUUAACUCGACACAUCCUUUUGGUAUUAGAAUCUGGAAACCAGCUUUAUAUAAAAAAAAUAGAUCCGUUCAAAGGGAAGCUGAUCAAGAUAUUCAUGAAACCGAUGACUUGAAAAAAAAGAAAGUUUCUUGGGAAGUUCAUUUUACCAAUAUUAUAUGGACAUUAACUUUUGGUCUCUUAUUAUUCAUUUUAUGUCUUAUUGGAUCAGUUUUUUUGGUGAUUACUGGUUAUAGUUCUGUUAAUUAUGCAAAAGUAUUUUUCAAUUUAGGUAUUUAUCUCUUGUGGCCAUUUGGGAAAGUUAUUUACUUGAAAAAAGAUGAAAAUUACCUAAGUGAAGAUCUGAAUGAAGGUACAACAUUUGUUGAAUAUGAGCGUUGGAGAAAUGAAGAACACAACAAGUUAUUCUUCACUUCAAGCCAUGUUAACUUACCAACCGUUGGAAAUACUUCAUCAAAUCCUAAUAAUAAUAAUAGUAACAAAAGAUUAUUUGGAAGAGGUGAUUGGAGUUUGGGGAGAAUUUUGUUUUAUUUAUAUUUCUAUUUUGUUUUACAACCAAUUUUCCUUUUAAUAUGGGCAUUAUGUUGGCUAGUUGUAUUCACUAUUCCAAUGGCCAAGAUCAUUUCUACAUUGACUGAUCAUUUGAGAAGACAUCCAUUGGCAAUUUUUUUCAAAUUUGAUUCUUCAAAACCUUUACCAUCUGAUAAAUUUUAUAAAAAUUCAAACAUUUUGUUAUGUACCUAUAGAUCAACAGGUUUCCAUUAUUAUAAAUAUACUGUGGAGGGUACAAAUGUGUUCUUUAUUAAUUUAAUGGCUGUUGUUAUUUUCACAAUUUUGGAUUUUUUCGUUUUGAAAGAUUUUAUGGGUAUUGAUGUUCUAAUAACAAAUGAAUCAGUCAUAUUUGCAUUAUGUCUUUUAUCAAUCAUCCCACUAGCUUAUUUCAUUGGACAAGCUGUUGCUUCUAUCAGUGCUCAAUCUUCAAUGGGUGUUGGUGCUGUUAUUAAUGCAUUCUUUUCAACCAUUGUGGAAAUUUUCCUAUAUUGUGUUGCAUUAAAUCAACAUAAAGGUUCUUUAGUGGAAGGUUCAAUGAUUGGUUCAAUCUUGGGUGCUGUUUUAUUACUACCAGGGUUGUCAAUGUGUUCAGGUGCUUUGAUCAGAAAGACUCAAAGAUAUAAUCCAGCAAGUGCAGGUGUUUCAUCAACAAUGUUGUUGUUUUCUAUUAGUGCAAUGUUUGCCCCAACCAUCUUCCAUGAGAUUUAUGGAUCUUAUGAAAUCAAGUGUAUUCCAUGUCCUCCUUCCACAAUGCAAUUAUCGUUACCACCGACUAAAACUUGUCAAAAAUGUCAUUUUUUCCAACCUCCACUGAAAGUUGAUUCAUUAUUUCGUGAUGUAUUGAGACCAUUUUCAAUUGCUUGUGCCUUGUUAUUGUUUCUGGCUUACACAAUUGGAUUAUGGUUUACGUUGAGAACUCAUGCAGCAUUAAUAUGGCAAACACCAAUCACAGAAAAACAAGCAAAACAACAACAACAGCAACAGCAACAAUCAAUUCAGUCACCAUCGGUGGAAAAUAUUGCUGAGGUCCAACAAUCUCAAGUUAUUGAAUCAAAUGGACAUGAUGCACCAAACUGGUCAAGACAAAAAUCUACAUUUGUUUUAUUAGGUGCUACAUUGUUGUAUGCAAUCAUUGCAGAAAUUUUAGUUGAUUGUGUUGAUUCAGUUUUGAAAAAUUUCCCAAUUAAUCCAAAAUUUUUGGGUAUAACAAUUUUUGCACUAGUUCCAAAUACUACUGAAUUUUUAAAUGCCAUUUCAUUUGCUACACAUGGUAAUGUUGCAUUGUCUAUGGAAAUUGGAUCAGCUUAUGCCUUACAAGUUUGUUUGAUUCAAAUUCCAUCAUUGGUUUUAUAUUCUAUUUUCUUCAUCUCUGAUCAAGAUUCGUUGGUUAAUGUUAAAGAAUCAAUGUUCACUUUGAUUUUCCCAAGAUGGGAUCUUGUUGCUUCUUUGAUCUCAGUUGUGUUGUUCACAUAUAUUUAUGCUGAAGGAAAGUCUAACUAUUUUAAGGGAAGUAUCUUGAUCUUGAUUUAUAUCAUUGUCAUUAUGGGAUUCUAUUUCACCGGUAGAAUUGAAUCAAGUGAUUUAUUCUUUUCAAAUUUCAUCAUUACUUGA